AUGGCAAAGGAAGCUGAUGCAUGGACUCCUAUGCUGGCAGAGAUCAAUAAGUACAUUUAUAGACAAGGGAUCUGUCCAGUCUGCUUCAAAAAGGGCCAUAUACACAGAAUUACUCCACAAAGGGAUCCUUUGACAAAUAUUUUUGACAAGGUCCUCAGACACCCAACUUCUGGGCCUAUUUUAAUUUGGAAAAAUGGAGAGAGAAAAGGUGCAAACAGGGAAUCGCCUGGAGAGAAAAAGCAAUUUAGUAUAUUGAGGCUGGGGAAAUGGCUGUAUCAAUAUAUUGUGUGCAUUGCAAAAGUGGGGAACACAAUAUGUGGGACUGUCUGGAUCACCAGUCUGAUGAAUAAAACCAAAGCAACCAUAG